AUGGCUUCCCAAGACAUCCGCACGAGUUCGCUCAAGAAGCCCAUUACCAUUACCGAGUACCUCUUUGCUCGUCUGAAGCAAUGUGGCGUUAGCUCUGUUCACGGUCUUCCUGGUGACUACAACCUGGUCGCUCUCGACUACCUGGAGAAGGCUGGCCUGAAAUGGGUUGGCAACUGCAACGAGCUCAAUGCUGGUUACGCUGCUGGUAGGUAG